AGGUCUCUGGGAGCUGUAGUUCCCGCCUCGCGGGAGGGAAGUGGCUGGACACUACAGAUCCCAACGUUCCAAACGGCAGCACGCGCUGCCUGGGCGGGAAGCGGCGUCUCCUGAGGAAGCGCGAGGACUUGAUUCAACGCUUUAAAAAUGAAGGGGGAAUCUCACUUGCUGGAAAUUAAAGUGCUAAUUCAAGAGCUGGUGAAGAAAGACACCUCAUCAAAUGUACCUGAGAUCAUUGACAAACUGUUCAGUGAGAUAGAACGUGUGGAUGACGAGGCUGGGAAUGAGAUUCAGGAGGCUCAGAUUGAAGAAAGUGCAAUAAGCCUUUGGAAUUGGGCUGUGACUAACCGAGUAGAUUCAGUCAUCAAUGAUGAGCAAAGAGCUAAAUUGCGCCAUGUUUCUUGCAGGCUAGUGUGCCUGUGUGAAGGCAGCAGUCCUCCAGAGGAGAAGAUGCGAAGACAGAUUUUGAUGACCAUGAAGACUGGAAAAGGGUGGGUGGAUGUUGGAAAAGCCGCUCUUGCUGAUGGAUUUCUUGUGAUUGCCAUAAAUAGUCUAGAAAAACUAUAUGCCCAAUUAAUGAAGAGGAGCAGUAGUGAGGCAGAUAUUCAGGUGCACAAAGCUGAUGUAGAGAAGGACCUAUUCAAAGUGCUGUCUUACCAGGCUGAAUCAGCAGUUGUUCAAGGGGAUUUUCAGAAAGCACUGACAUGUUUGCAACGCUGCAAAGAUAUGUUGACAAGGCUGCCAAAACAGACCUGUUAUCUAUCAAUCCUCUGCUAUAACUUUGGAGUGGAAACCUAUGAACGGAAGGGGUAUGAACAGAGCUCCUUCUGGCUCAGCCAGAGUUAUGAGAUUGGGAAAAUGGAUAAGAAGUAUUAUCCCGGGGAAGAUAUGCAGGCUAAAGUGCUGCGGUUAUUAGCCACUGUUUAUUUGGAGUGGGAUUGCGAACAGUAUCAAGACAAGGCUCUCAGAGCUAUAAGCCUGGCUAACGAGGAGAAUAUGCAUCCAGCUGGGUUUUUCUUGAAAAUUAAAAUCCUUCUGAAAAGUGCAGCAUCUGAUGAGGGCAUCAGGACAGCUGUUGCUGAACUUCUGCAUCAUGAGGUGUCACUAGAUUUCUGUUUGAACACUGCUAAGCUGCUUCUGGAACAUGAAAGGGAAUUGGUUGGUUUUGAUUUUCUGAAGUCCAUCUCUGGGCGGUUUGCAUCCUCACCUGACCUCGGAAAAAUCAUCUUACUCCACAUCGAGUUUCUGUUACAGAGGAUGGAGGAGCCGCUUGCCAAGCAAAAAAUUGAAGAUGUCAUUACAGGUCACUAUACAGGAAAACAGCUGUCACCUGAAACACUGAACCGGCUGCACAUCAUUCUGUGGGACCGAGCUGCCAAGAGCUAUGAGGUUUGGGAACAAAGGAGGUCUUUGUUCUUUGCUUUAAAAAAAAAUGAAGGAUCACUGUUCUAGGGUGAUACUUGCCAUUUAAGAGAGAGCGGGGCUAGUGCACCUGUGACUCAUCAGCUCACACCAAUUGGGUUUUACAGGAGGGCACUUAUAGAUGGAAGAGAUCUGGUGAGUCAAGGGGAACCUGAGAGACAGGAAAGGGGGGCAGGUGAGAGCUGCCUGAGAGAGACAGUUAUCAGAGAGCAGAAUGCUCUACAGGCACUAUCUGAGGAGGAGAAGCAACUGGGUAGGUGUGAUGGGAUUCCCGAAUGCAACCUGGACUGUGGGACUGCUGAGCCCUCUGUCCCACCAACCUGGCUUAUUCCUCAGACUGUGAUGCUGUUGGCAGGUACUGAACUUACACAGACAUCCACAGGCACUGACACACCCAACUGAAUUAUAUGAAUGCGUCCCUCAGCCAUUCAUGAACCAACAAUAGAGAGGCUCUCCCCAGCUCCCCAGCCUUGCACCCCAGAAUUGUACCAUCUUGCACUUAUCAGAAGCCUGACCAGUGUAAGUUCAUUACCCAAUCCGACCCUCCCUCAAUGUGGUGAAGACAUGCACUAGCCUUUGUAAACGGGGCUUAGA